ACGACUUCAAUUGAGCAUUCCCUCGUAUCUUGCCAACCUGCGAUUCAAAACCUUGGUCGUUACACCGUCCACACCGGCGCACGGCCAGAAUGGCAAGAUGAUUGCGCUCGUCAUGACCAGCAAAAAUGCGAUCUUGCUCCGCAGAUGCUUCGCCACGCUCGUUCCCAGCGUCGCCAACCCGUUGCCCGCCGCAGCAAUCCCACCAUUCUCAUCGCAGCGUGGAACAGAGGAGGCUCUCGCCGGCCGCAGCUUCGUCUCCGUGCUGGGGACCUGUUCCGGCUCUGCCGGUCUUCAGAGAGGCAAGCAAGUCCAUGCCCAGUCGGUCGUUCGCGGUAUCCGCAGGAGCGGCCAUCUGGGUCCGAAGCUCUUGGGCAUGUACGUCCUCUGCGGUGACUUCUUGGCUGCCAAGGACUGUUUCUAUCGGCUUGAGGAGGUGCCGGGUUCUGCGCCGUGGAAUUGGAUGAUCCGAGGGUUGGCCGAGUUGGGCUGGUUCGGUUUGGCAUUGUCGUUCUACUUCAAGAUGUUGGGGUGUGGGAUUUACCCUGAUAGGUAUACGUAUCCGUUCGUGAUCAAGGCUUGCGAGAGUAUGAGUAAGGCUGUUUCCCAUAAACUGGUUCAGGGCAUGAUUGACUUGAUGGGUGGGGAGGUUGAUAUGUUUGUUGCUAGUUCGGUGAUCAAGUUCUAUGCGGAGAAUGGUUGCAUAGGUGAUGCGUGGAAUCUGUUUGACAAAAUGCCUCAGAAAGACUGUGUUCUAUGGAAUGUGAUGCUCAAUGGUUAUCUGAAGAAUGGGGAUUCGCAGAACGCUGUGAGAGUGUUUAUGGAGAUGAGAAAUGGUGAAAUAAAGCCAAAUUCGGUAACAUUUGCUGGCAUUUUGUCGGUCUGUGCCCUGGAAGGGAUGAUUGGCUUCGGUUCUCAACUCCACGGUCUUGCUUUUAGAUGCGCGUUGGAUUUAGAUUCUCCGGUAGCCAAUACGUUGUUGGCAAUGUACUCAAAAUGUCGGUGCUUAAAUGAGGCACGCAAGUUGUUUGAUCUGAUGCUGCGGCAUGAUGUAGUAAUGUGGAAUGCCAUCAUCUCUGGGUAUGUUCAAAAUGGACUAAUGGGUGAGGCUCUGUUGUUGUUCACUGAAAUGUUAAAUUGUGGUGUCAAACCAGACUCCAUUACUUUUUCAAGCCUCCUUCCUUCAAUUACUGAAUCAGCAAAUCUGAAACAUGCAAAGGAAGUCCAUGGAUAUGUUAUGCGAAAUGGAGUGCCAUUGGAUGUGUUCUUGAAAAGUGCACUAAUUGAUGUUUACUUUAAGUGUCGCAAUGUGAAAUUGGCAUAUAAGUUGUUUAAGAAAGAGACUGUCACUCAUGAUGUAGUCAUCUAUACAGCCAUGAUUUCUGGAUAUGUGCUUAAUGGUAUGAAUUCAGAUGCUAUAGAAAUCUUUAGGUUGUUGCUUGAUAGAAAAUUAAAUCCAAAUUCAGUAACUCUGGCCAGCAUUUUACCAGCUUGUGCUGGUUUGGCUUCUUUAAAACUUGGGAAGGAAUUGCAUGGAUACGUUCUCAAGAGAGGUCUUGAAGGCAGAUGUUAUCUUUCAAGUGCAAUUAUGGAUAUGUAUGCAAAAUGUGGGCAACUGGAUAUUGCUCAUCAAAUCUUUAAGAGCAUGUCUGAGAAGGAUGUUGUGUGCUGGAACUCAAUGAUCACAAACUUCUCCCAAAAUGGGAAACCUGAAGUAGCUAUCCAACUCUUCCGCGAGAUGGGGUUGAAUGGAAUCAAGUGUGACAGUGUUAGCAUUUCAUCUAGUCUCUCUGCUUGUGCAAGCUUACCUGCACUCUAUCAUGGGAAGGAGAUCCAUGGCUACAUGACAAGAUGUUUGUUUUGCCAUGAUAUCUAUGCAGAGACUGCACUCAUAGACAUGUAUGCUAAAUGUGGUCACCUGGAAUUUGCUCGACGUGUGUUUGACAUGGUGGAUGAGAAGAAUGAAGUUUCAUGGAAUAGUAUGAUUGCUGCUUAUGGAAGUCAUGGUCUCCUAAGCGAAUGUCUCUCUCUGUUUUAUGAAAUGCAAGAGAAUGGUAUCCAGCCUGAUGAUGUCACAUUUCUGACUAUAAUAUCUGCUUGUGGUCAUGCGGGCCAAAUUGAUGAGGGAAUACAGUUGUUUCAGUGCAUGACAGAAAAGUAUGGAAUUCGAGCAAAGAUGGAGCAUUUUGCCUGCAUGGUAGAUCUAUUCGGACGAGCUGGUCGCUUGGAUGAAGCUUUUAAAACCAUAAAGAGCAUGCCAUUUUCCCCAGAUGCAGGUGUCUGGGGGACAUUGCUAGGUGCCUGUCACUUAUAUGGCAACGUUGAUCUUGCUGAAGUAGCUUCAAGAUAUCUUUUUGAAAUGGAGCCUGAAAAUUCUGGAUACUAUGUGUUGUUUUCAAAUGUGCAUGCUGGUGCAGGCCACUGGGGUGGUGCCCUUGGUGCCCGAAGUUUAAUGAAAGAAAGAGGAGUUAAAAAGGUACCUGGACGCAGUUGGAUUGAGGUUGACAACAUGACCCAUGUAUUUGUUGCAGCUGAUGAAACUCACCUGCAAUCUGCUCAUAUUUAUUCAAUGCUGGAAAUUCUUCUAUCAGAGCUGAGAAAAGAGGGUUAUGUAACUCAACAGUACAUUCCAAGGCACCCACAAACAGAAGGGAUUAAUGCUCUUGAAAAGGUUUCAUUAUGCCAGAUUCACUCAACAUAAGUUGGAACAGAGGAGUACAGGGGCUUGUUUGCUAUAACAAAUUGCAUUACCAGUUUGAAGCAUGCACUUUCACAUUAGCCAGUGGAAAGGAAUAUGCAAUCUGAUGGAAAAGGUUAGCAUCUAUUGGUUCAGACAAUAUUGAGGCCUAUCAAUAUGCCUAUAGACAACGUCUGCUGACCACCCCAGAUUGAGUGGAUACAUCUCUUGGACCAUUAUAUUGUGGGGACUCUUCAAGAACAGUCAGCAUGACAUUGCUUGCUCAAAGAGAAAAAAAUUGUUCCAAGCAUUAAAGUCAAAAAGGGGUUUGGUUCAUCUUGACGGAUCAAGUAAUGAAUCUUUGCCCAGGCUUGGAUCGAUUGGCAUCGGAGGAUAAUGGUGUUCUGCCCAUUGGUGAACCUGAGAUUCUUCUUCAUGGGAACGAUCUAAUUCAGACUCUCUAAGUGGCAUAAAAGGUCUCUCCUGAAGAUUGCUUCGAUUUGGCUGAGAAAAAUCUUGUGUAAGGGAGUCAUGCUGAGCACUAGGAGAAGGCUUCUCCAGAGGUGAUGGCACCCUCGCAACGCCAACAAGGCAAGUUCCUCCGGCUGGUCCAGAAAUUUUGAUAUGGACAUAUAAACUUGCAAUCAUACGAUGAACUCAUGUGCCAACGAUGAUUUUCAGAAAAAUACCACCUGUGGCUAGGCUACGACAUGGAAUCUUAACUACAUCAACAAUAAUGCACUGAGUGAAAUAUUUGCCCAAGUCCAGGUCACUGCGAACCUUGCGAACCACGGCCAUCGAGUUGGACAGAACCUGCAUGAUUUAGGGUGCUUUUGGGCUGGGAGGAAAAGAGGGAUAGAAAGAGAAUUCUCAAGGAUUGUGAGAUUGAACUUAUUGGAAGAGCCAAUGGCGUUGGAGGUGGUAAAAAGGAGCUCGAAAGCUUUGUGAUGAGCCCAUCAGAUGCAAUCAUUCCGGAUGUGGAGGAGAGAAAAAUGGAAGAAGUUGCUCGUUGAACUUAGUCUUGCCACUUUUGCAAAAGCUUCCUACUUUUUCCUCUUGACUAGUCAAGCUUGGGAAACAACUUCGGGUGGCCCAACGCCCAUGCAACAAUCACCUCUAUUACCGACACGUCUACUAUAGGCGCGAAGCAAGAUGAUAUUGGGUCCAUAUCUCUAUCAAUUCCAUUUUCAAGUCAUGAUACCUCCAUUGAUUUUGUAAAAAGUUUUAGGAUUUGUUCAAGUCAUCUUAGCAUUAGAUGACUUACUGUUAUUACAUGCUUUUGACAAAUCAGUUGUCCUUACACACAACUAGUCGCAGAUGGUCAAUGUCACCCAAAUAUUUAUUUUUUCAAAUUCUAUUUCUUCUUAAUUCUUUUU